UCUUUUGUGUUGUACACGUUUAUUUACAUUAUACGCUCCGCUUUUUUUACGUUUGUUGUACCAACGACGGUCUCCCUGUCGCAACAAGCAAAUUGUCAUCGGAUUCAGCAGAGGUCGCGAUUCUCCGGCACUUUCCCGCCCGAGAGAUUUGCCUCGGCGAAUCCACGAUCGCACCCUCGACCGUUCGCGAAGAUCGCUCGACGCGCACGCAGAGGCGGCACCAGGAAGGCAUCCGAGUCUCUAAUGGCCGAAGGAUGUAUCGGUCGCGCGGACGGCAGAGAGUCACGCCGAUGUGGUAUCGAUCGCGCAGGCUCAGGGGCCGAGGGGCGGGAAGAGGGUAUCAACGGGAGGAAACGGAAAUUCGACAGUGCGCCUCCUGAAGGACCAUAACGAGCCGUUACUCGGGUAUACUCUUUCGGCCGUAAUGCGAGUACACGAGACGGGAGGAGCCGAGGCUUGACUUUAAUUGGACGAGAAGGACGAGAGAACAUCGACGGGCGCGAUCACCAGCGAAGGAAGCGAGGAUCACGCGGGCCGAUUCGACUGCCCGCGCGCAAUUACACAACGACACGCGACAUACGGCACGUGCGUCGAGAGCGAGCGGUGGAGCAAAGUCAAAGGUCACGAACGGAGUUCGGGACGGUCGCGUGCGAUCGAGGGUAGAGGACGACGAGAGGAGCGCAGUAGAAGGAGGAGGAAGAAGAGAUUCGCGAGGAGAGAAGAAGAAGAAGAAGAAGAAGAGGAGAGAGACAAGCAGCAUCAGCAUGGCUAUACCGUUCGCGCUGCCGACCGACGGCGAGGCGGACUCGCAGCAGAUGACACUGAUGCUGGACCUGUACGCAGCUCUGCAUCGCGUGAUCCGCAGCAGGAAUGCCCAGCAUCCGUCACGAAAUCAUCGGGCACCACGGCGACCCGGCGAUUACGCUUCCCGGCAGCACCUGGUGAUCCUGGUGCAACCCGGCACGGAGGAUCUAUCGAACUUGCCGCUGCCCGACCUGGUGCAGUCGGCAGUGGACCAGCUGCCACCGCCGUCGCCCCAGGUGACCGUUUCCGUCCCCAACAGCCCGAUGAGAGACGCGACCUUCCAGUUCCCUGAGAGUGGCGCACCGCUGCCGAGCCCAAGGCCACGACCACGAAGACGGCUCGCCUCGGAGAGCUCGGUCCUGGACAAGGGCCCGAUAGAGGUGAUCUGCAGCAACGGCAGCACCUGCUGCUGCCACCUCGGCCACCAGACUCUCAACGAGAGGCAGUGGGCGAGCGUGGGUGCUAAUCUCAGGAACAUCGCCGGUGACUUCCACGCGUCCAAGACUAAGGACGCCGAGAUCGAGAAGGCGCGGCUGCCAGUGAUCGGCUCGGGCUUGUCGAGCGGUCGCAACAGCAACUCGUCGUCCACCGACAGCCUGCUGUCACUGCUGAUCCCGGCACCGUUGCGCGAGACCCUCUGGGCAACGGUGGCCUUGUAUCUCGGCUGGAGACUCGUCUCCCGCCUACGAUAGACGCGCCGGUCUCGCCCAGCCGUCGUCCUGGAUGACACCGGCGGUCCUGCGGCCCGGUCAAGCGGUCGCGUCGGCACCCGGUGUCCGCAGUACGGCGUUUGGAAACUGUUAGAGGCGGCGGACCGCACGGACCGUCAGUGAAACCACCGACUCUUUCACGUGGUGGCGAUCCACGGUCCAGCGGUAUUGCGGAAUCCUCGAUCGGACGCCUCGUCGGACGUCGUCGAGAGGAGGGUGAGAUCCACAGGCCGGGUCUCUCUUCGUGAUCGAACGACGGAUUUCAUCGAGACAUAGAGGUAGAAAAAGAGAGCGAGAGAGAGAGAGAGAGAGAAAGAGAGAGAGCGAGAGCGAGAGCGAGAGCGUUGAGAAUCCACGAACCGUCUCUCGUUCGAGCAGCCGCGAGAACUCGGAUUGUAUUUUGUAUAACCGUUUUUUGUAUCGUGGCGCGGCUCGUCCGCCAGCCGCCGCGAGAAUGCGCUCGGUCGACUUUGAUCGGUUCCCGAGGGACUGUCCGAUUGCUUGAUGUGAAGGAAGGAAAGAUUAUUCCAAGAUAGAGAGUAUCGAAGCGUUAAAACCGCGAUGACGAAAAUGGCGCGAUGACCCGCGCGAUUAAUGAUUCUUUGAUGAGCCGGAUGAUUCGACGAGUCCAAAAUUGCUGAAUGUGUUCCCUCGGAACGCGGGUGACUUUGUGGAAUUCAUAUGAAAGAAAAAAAAAAACAACAGGUUUCCAUUACAAAAAAAAAAGAUUGUUAAAAAGGAUCAAGGAAUAUGUUUAAAGAUAUAAAAGAAAUUUUUCUCUCCCGUUACCCGUUUCGCGAUCAACGCUCAUGAUUCGUCGAUUCGUCGUGCGCUACGAAACAAGUUCCGACUGUGAUCGUCGAUGCGGAUGACGAAGCAAAGGUAGGUAGCGACGACGACGACGGCGACGUCGAGGUCCACCGGAUGCAUUCUCGCGGGCGCGCGGGCGGCGGACGGGCAGGCAGGGAUUACUUCGGACGCGUAGCGUUGGUGCCGACAGUUCGCCCCGCGAAUGAUUUCAUGUAAUGCGACGUAGAUGGACGUCGGAGGACGGGGUUGUAGUUUCGGGGGUGACAAUCCCCGGCGACGGGGAAGGGGGAGGGGACGGAAGUAACCGAAUUGCGUAUUACGCGGCGAUCGGACCGAGACACGAGGAGGAAGAGGUAUUAUAUUUAGAGGUGACGGGGGGAGCUAAGGACGAGAUCCAAAGAGGAUUAAACCCAAUAAUCAAAUGAUGAUCUCAUUACGGAUAAAUAAAGAGAAUUAAAUAAAGUAGUGUGAUUACGGGAACGAGAGAAGGGCGGACCACCCACGCAGGCCCCUUUUAUCCUCCGUCUUCUCUUCGCGCGUCCGUCCCUCUCUUGGUCUCGCUGAUAGAGAAAGGGAGAGAAAGAGAGAGAUUCUUCGGUGUGAGCGGUUUGUUGUAGAUAACGCGACCUCUCUUCCGGCCGACACCAUCGGCGUGUUCGGCCGAUUCUCGAGCGAGAUUCUUUUUUUUUUUUUCUUUUUUAAUGACGUCACGCCGCGUGACGUUUCGCGAGGUACGCUUUCGUCGGUGAGGCACUUGCUUGGGGAGAGAUCGAGAGGACAGAGAAAUAGGGAGAGAGAAAGAGAGACGACGAAGAGCAUCCUCCGCGAAAGACCUCGAGAGAGACGCCUUCGACGAUACCGCGCUGGAGAGAAAUGGGACUCGAUGAGGGAGCGCGCGGAGUUAUCACUAGACGGUCGAUCGGACCUCGCAAGAUGUCGUUACGGUGCCGACGGAAUGUAUGUACAUAUAUAUAAAGGAAGAAAGAGGGAGACGUCGAGAGAGGGGUGUGACGUGAAUUCCAAAAAUGUUGAGAAAUGAUAGAAGGAGAGAGACGAGCGAGGACGCGUAAGGUGGAGGCAGACAGAGGAGCAACCUGCGAGUUCGUUCGUGCGUGCGUGCGUGCGUGCGUGCAUGUGUGUGUAUGUA